CGCGCGGCCCUGUCUGUCCCUGCCUCGCGCAUGCUCGAUGUGUCCCGAGGUCGCCCUUGCCGGGUUCCCCACGUGCGGCGUGAACCCGAGGGCAUCAUGGUGUAAAGCGAUGGGGGCCGCGGUGGUUCGCGCGAUCAAGAACUUCAACCUGGAGAACCGGGCGGCCCGGGAGAUCAGCAAGGCGAAGCCCUCGGCCGCCCCCAGGCACCCCUCCACCCGCAGCCUCCUGCGGGAGCAGAUGAGCGGCCAAGCGGAUAUUAAGGGAGAAAUUGUUAGAAAGGAUGACAAAUUGCUGUCCUUACUGAGAGAUGUGUACGUUAAUUCCAGAGAUCCCGUGUCUUCUGCACAGGACAAAGAUGCUAGAACACCUACAGAGCCAAAGGAGUUCAGAUUGCCGAAAGGCAAUCAUUUUGACAUAAAUAUUGAGAACAUUCCCAAAGGCAAAGUUUCCAUUGUAGAGGCUUUGACACUUCUCAAUAAUCAUAAACUUUCUCCAGAUACAUGGACUGCUGAGAAAAUAGCAGAAGAAUACCAUCUAGAACAGAAAGACGUAAAUUCUGUUCUCAAAUACUUCACUACUUUUGAAGUCAAAAUCUUACCUUCUGAAGACAAGAAAGCAAUUCAAUCAAAAUGAAGGAACUCUUGGAAUUAACUUUUCCUGUCCCAUGCCCUGUUUAUUUUCUCAUUUUUAGCAUAUUAAAUUGUGUAAAUUACUGAAUGUUUAAAGCUCCCGUCUUAUGAGUGCAUCCUAUUUAUUGACCUCCGCUGAUAGAAUAAAUUUUGUUUCAACUUUAAUUUAGUUUAGGCAUAUAUACGGGUGUAAUAUAAGCAUGACUAACUAUCAGGUUUAUAAAUUUAUUUCAAAUAAAAGAGUUAAUUUUAAGUGUUAUUAAGCAUAUCAGCAUUUAAGUUGGUCAUAUGACCUCUUAGGAAAUGUCCUGAUUCCCUUAUUUGACACUUAAAGUUAAACUUUCCAAUUUAGGUGGUUAUUUUAUUCUUCCUAUGGCAUAGUCAAAGUAAGCUUUCCUAACACUUAUGACUGACAUUUCCUUGUUAGGGAAAGGGAGGCUUGACAGUGAGGUGAGGUAGAACAGUAUUUCCCAUUUAAAGGCAGACAGGAAACUGGAUAUAAAACCAAUAGAAAAUACAUUUUUAUUACUACAGGGAAUAAGGAUUAGUAAGGCCUUUUUUAAAUUUUGUUUUGAAAUAUCUUAAAAGUAUAAAAAAGAAUUAGUGUUUUAAAAUUUUAGCAAAUCUGUACUUUGAAAGCAAACAGGCAAGUCCAAGAGCCUUCAUAGAGGCAGGCAGUAGUGGAAGCUAUC